GACCCGGAUUUUUUAUGAAACCCCCAAAAAGUCAAAAAAAGGGCCCAUUAUGAGGGUCAACAAAAUUGUUUCCAAAUUAUAGCUGACACUCUUACCUUUCCAAAAUGUUACAAUUUGUACUAAUACCGUUUCCGGGUCCAGAGAUGGGGUCUUUCCAUCCGCAUAACCCGAUUCUAAACAGUUCAUUAAAAUGUUGUUUUCAAUAAAAAAAAUGGUUUAUGUCGCGUAGCAGUCGUCAGCCUUCGGCCGGGGCUUGAGAUUUUCUCAUCUGGGUAUGUCCCACACCGGAACCAAGUUUUCUAAAUUGGAUACCUUUUGUAAGUAGCCGGCCUUUGACCGGGGCUUGAGAUUUUCUCCUCUGGGUAUGUCCUAAACCGGCUAACGCGAACCAAAGUUUUCUAAAUUUGACACUUUUUGUAAAAAGCCGGCCUUCGGCCGGGGCUUGAGAUUUUCUCCUCUGGAGAAAAGAAUGAAAGCCAAAUCCCGCUAAAAGAGUCAUAUUAAGUUCCUUUUCCUUGUCAAAGAUGAACUAUUAAAAUAGAAAAUAUGAAAUUCGUCGAUUAAUGAUUAUCGGCAUUUAACCAAAAGAAAGAAAAAAAAAAAACUAUAUAAAAUAUUUUUUGUUAUUGUAUAGUUUAGUAUAUAAGAUAAAUGUAUUGUUUGUAGUUAGAUAAAUAGUACUUAAGAAAUAAUUGUGAGGAUAUUUAAUGCCCAGGUAAUUUUUCCUUAGUGAGUGUAGGGUUUUUUCAAAAUUUACAGCUAGACCAUUUCUAUAUUUUUUGGAACAAGAAUUUAGAAUGCCCAAAACUUUCGUCUAAGCGAGCUCCUUUAGGCAGAAUUUAGAGUAGUUUUUUUGACCAAAAUUUGGCGCUCCUAGCGGUGUAAUAAAAAAAGUAAUCUGAGUAUUGACUCACAAUUUUUUCGUUCCGGUAUAAAAAGUCCAGUUUUAUUCUUAUGUGUUCAUGUCGAAAUUAGUUUUAAGAAAACAAUGAUGUUUAAAAUAAAUAAGUUUAAUGUCUAAUUGUUUCAAGAAUAAUAUGUUGUGCUAAAUUUUGUUGUGUGUGUGAGAGAGAGAGAGGCGUUGUAAGUAAGAGAGUGUGUGUGGCUUUUUGGGGCCCUUUUAAAUUUUUUGUGUGUAUAUGGACUAAAGGCUCAAGGAUGGGUGGGCAUAGUGGGGGAGCAAUAAUAUCAAGCUCCUGUGUCAUUGUUGUAUGUUGUGUAUGUUUGUUUUUUCAGUUUUAAGUUUGUGUUUAUUCGAUUCAAUUCUUUAAGUGUUCAUUACCUAGGGUUGAUUGUGGCAUGGUUGAGAACCACCUGGAUAACCGCUCCCUCCUGAGCUAGUGCGGAACCCCACCAUAACGCCGCGUAGACUGAGUGUUACAAUGGUAAUGCUACUUCGUUCAGGUAGAACGAAAGUAUAACAAGUGGAUAAAGAUGUAAAUGUUUAUAAGUGCCGUUGUAAGAUUUAGAAGAAGAAGAGUGUGUGUGGCUUUUUGGGGCCCUUUUAAAUUUUUUGUGUGUAUAUGGACUAAAGGCUCAAGAAUGGAUGGGCAUAGUGGGGGAGCAAUAAUAUCAAGCUCCUAUGUCAUUGGUGUAUGUUGUGUAUGUUUGUUUUUUCAGUUUUUUGUUUGUGUUUAUUCGAUUCAAUUCUUUAAGUGUUCAUUACCUAGGGUUGAUUGUGGCAUGGUUGAGAACCACCUGGAUAACCGCUCCCUCCUGAGCUAGUGCGGAACCCCACCAUAACGCCGCGUAGACUGAGUGUUACAAUGGUUAUGCUACUUCGUUCAGGUAGAACGAAAGUAUAACAAGUGGAUAAAGAUGCAAAUGUUUAUAAGUGCCGUUGUAAGAUUUAGAAGAAGAAGAGUGUGUGUGGCUUUUUGGGGCCCUUUUAAAUUUUUGUGUGUUUAUGGACUAAAGGCUCAAGGAUGGGUGGGCAAAGUGGGGGAGCAAUAAUAUCAAGCUCCUGUGUCAUUGGUGUAUGUUUGUUUUUCAGUUUUAAGUUUGAGUUUAUUCGAUUCAAUUCUUUAAGUGUUCAUUACCUAGGGUUGAUUGUGGCAUGGUUGAGAACCACCUGGAUAACCGCUCCCUCCUGAGCUAGUGCGGAACCCCACCAUAACGCCGCGUAGACUGAGUGUUACAAUGGUUAUGCUACUUCGUUCAGGUAGAACAAAAGUAUAACAAGUGGAUAAAGAUGUAAAUGUUUAUAAGUGCCGUUGUUAGAUUUAGAAGAUUUUCCAAAAGAAUUUUAGUUUUAUUUAAUUCCUUGGUUCCUCUUCUAUUGAGCAUACGAUCUCGUCACUUGGGUAAAAAAAUGUUUUUUGUCUUAGAAGUUAUUUUUAAUAUAACUUCUGGGGAGAAUAUCCCAGACAAAAAACAAUGGAACUGAUGAGGAUUGGUGGCUCUUUUCGAAACCUAGGUAUUCCCUACCUUACCCCUGGUAAAUAUUAUCAUCGUUCUCCACUUAUAAAAAAACGUUGUUUUUAUAAAAACAACAAUACAGGGUCAGGCUUACCAUUUUGCAACAACAAGUUUAUCAACUCAAAAAUUUGCCCUCAGAAAAACACGAUUUUUAAUAAUUUUAAGAACGGAUUUCGAUCAAUUGUGUUUAAAAAAUUGUAACUGCUCUUAAUCGACAUGUUUUAUACAAAAACAUGUUUUAGGUAUAUACGAUUAGCUUUAAAUAAUUUUUUUAGGUAUAUCCAAAUUUUCUUGCGCAGAAAAAAUACACACAAACCAAGCCCAAGGCAAACAGCCCUAAAUUUAUUCUACCAAAAACUGAUUUGGAGAAUGUUAUGUGCUAAAAUAAUCGUUAGGUCUUAAAAUAUCAUUUAGCAUAUAGCUUCUGUUAGAGGUGUCCCGGUGCCGUUUAAUGUUUCUUUGAGAAGUCAAAAUUUUAUUGUUAGUCCAACAAUUUCCGUUUGCUAUAUUAUGUAUGAAGUAUGACAAUUCAUUAGCAAGCAAAUUUUUUUUUUUUUUUUAACAUUUUCAUUCAUAAUUUUUUUUAUAAAUAAAUAUUGUUUAAAAGUAUGUUGCAUUACUGUUUCUGUCGAACAUUUGAAAAAGAGAUUAAAUGGAAAAUUACGAUGUUCUGAGCCACCCUAUAAUUAGGGAAAAUCGAUGCUAUCGAUAGGUAGCAACGUUUCUAACUUCCCUCGUUUCAGAACUUUGGGUAUUAAAAGACGGGUUACCUACCCUUGUUCUCUUAAUGGCAAUAUAUUUCUUAGAAUCGAAACCUUUUAUCGAUAUAUUAAGAAAAUAACCUGGCGGUUAAUCUGGACGUAACACCCUCAGUUUAUCAUAAGAUAAAUAUAAAUCUCAUAGGAUUUCAAUAACGACUCUCGAAUAAACAAUAAACAGAGCCUGACAACAACAAAAAUAUGAACGCCACCGACGACGAAUCUCGAAAACCGAAAAAUAAACCUAGUUCUGAGUCUUCGUCGUCUUCUGAUUACAUGUCGGGGUCCACAAGUGGAUCAAGUGAUGGAGAAGUGUCUUCCAAAACAUAUUUCAAAAAUAACAAAUCAAAAGUUCUAUCAGAGCGAAGGGAAGUCGUAUUGGAAGUAGUACGUGAUCUAUCAUAUACUAUAUGCAAGGAAGCAGAAGAAAAAUUAGUUGAAAGAUUUCCUAGAGAGGAUGGAUCGAAUGAAAUGCUUCCCAAGGAAGAUAGCAUAAAUACUAACCAUAAUUACACAACGGAUUCGAAUGAACACCCAGUAGAACUAAUGACAAAGACAGAAGAAUGUAAAAAUACAGAGAAGACUAAAAAAAAAUCUUUUGUGCGAGCUCUCUCCAAAGAAAAACAACUAUCCGCCUAUAGAAGCCGUUCUGGAAACACACGUUUAAGUUAUUCUGGACACAUUAGCCGAACUCAUUCAGUAGAAAAAAGUCUAUCAAGAUAUAAAAAAAGUGUAUUAAGAAAUCGAAGAACUUCCUUUGGACACGGCCGAGAUUCUUCUACGACCAAAAGGUCUGUCUCCAGGGACAAGGACAAUCGACUAAGACAAAGAAUGGGAUCUAGCAGAAGCCGAACUAGAUCUCACAGUCGAUUUCGAAGGCCGGAAAAGAAGCUUCCAUCAAGAUAUCCACGACGAAUUCGUUCACAAGAUAGACGACAUGAAGGAUAUCGUUCGAUGUCGUCAGAUUAUGAAAGGCUACCGUUACGCCGAUCUGAGCCAAUCAAAAGAAGAGAUGAAGAUGAAAGAAGAGACGAAUUGAAUUUACCACCCGAAAAAUUGCGUAUGAUGCAGGCAGAAAUUACGGACAAAUCAUCGGCUGCAUAUCAAAGUAUAGCUCGGGAAGCUCUUGAGAAAUACAUACAUGGUUACAUCAAUAAAGUCAAUGUGGAUUGUGUUGCAGUUAUCGCCCGAAAAUUGCUUAAGGAAAAUAUAGUACGUGGUAGAGACGUGCUUUGCCAUUCCAUAAUACAAGCUCAGGCUGCAUCGCCAACAUUUACCCAUGUUUAUGCCGCCACGGUGGCCAUUAUUAAUUCAAAAUUUCCCAAUAUUGGGGAAUUGCUGUUGAAACGUUUGGUCAUACAGUUCAAACGAGCAUUUGGGUGUAACGAUAAGACCAUUUGUUUGUCUUCUUCACAUUUUAUUGCUCACUUGGUUAAUCAAAGGGUGGCACAUGAAAUUUUGGCCCUAGAAAUUCUAACACUCUUAAUUGAAUCGCCGACUGAUGAUAAUGUUGAAGUGGCCAUAACAUUUCUUAAGGAAUGUGGUAUGAAAUUGACAGAGGUAUCAUCGGAUAGGGUUGGAGGCAUUUUUGAAUUGCUUAAAAAUAUCUUGCAUCAAGGCAAGUUGGAUAAACGUGUACAAUAUAUGAUUGAAGUUUUAUUUCAAGUACGCAGAGAUGGCUUUAAAGACCAUCAAUCGAUUAUUGAGUCCUUAGAAUUGGUAGAAGAAUAUGCUCAAUUCACUCAUUUGCUAUUGUUGGAAGAUGUCACAUACCCGAAAGAUAUAUUGAACGAAUUUAAAUUCGACGAUCAGUACGAGACCAAUGAAGAGAAAUAUAAAGCACUUAGUAAGAAUAUUUUGGGUAGCCAUGCUUCAGAUUCGGAUGGCUCCUUCGGUUCGGGUAGUAAUUCCGAAACUGCAUUAUCUGACUGUGAUAAGGGCAAAAAUGAGGUUAAUGAUAAAUACACGAGUGGUGGCAUUAUUGAUGAAACGAAACCGAAUCUGAUUGCGUUAAGAAGAACAAUAUAUCUUACCUUAAAUUCCAGAUUCGAUUAUGAGGAAUGUGCCCAAAAAUUAAUGAAAAUGCAAUUGGAAACUUGUCAAGAAAAUGAGUUUUGCCAAAUAUUGUUAGAUUGCUGCGCUGAACAAAGAACCUAUGCGAAGUUCUAUGGCCUUUUAGCCCACCGAUUUUGUAAAAUUAACAAGUCUUAUAUAGAACCAUUCAAAGAAAUCUUCAAGGAUAUCUGUCAGACUACGCAUUGUUUAGAUACAAAUCGUUUGCGGAAUAUAAGCAAAUUCUUUGCUCAUUUGUUGUUUACCGAUGCAAUUAGUUGGGAUGUUUUAGACUGCAUAAAGCUAACUGAAGGUGACGCAAUAACAUCACGUUGUAUUUUUAUAAAAAUUUUCUUUCAAGAAUUGGUCGAAUACAUGGGUCUGGAUCACUUUAAUAAAAAACUUAAGACUGAAGUUUUAGCUGGAACUUUGGCGGGACUAUUCCCCAAAGAUAAUCCCCGAAAUAUACGCUUCUCCAUUAACUUUUUCACAUCCAUUGGUUUGGGCGGAAUAACUAAUGAAUUGUGUCAACUCCUAAAGAUUGCUCCGAAAUCUGCACCCUCGUCCUCAUCAUCAAGUUCUUUAUCAUCGGAAUUGUCUGCACCAUCCGACGACGAUUCUUCAAGUGAUUCAGAAAAUAAGAAAAAACAUAAAGGCAAAAAUAAGAAAAUGACCAAGAAGAAAAAUUCUUCGAAAAAAAAGGAAAAAACUAAAAAAAUUGUAGGUAAAAAUAAAAUAGCCGCUAAGAAUAAAACUAUAAAGCGAAGGACUGACAAAGACAACUCUUCUUCAAAAGAUAAUUUUUGAAAAGCGAAAGUAGCAGCAACGAAUCAAUAUCUUCAGAUAGUUUAUCUUCGGAAUUGUUUGCACCAUCGCCUUUUUCGUCGUCGGAAUCUUCAAAUGAUUCAGAAAGU